CCUGAACUUGCACAUCUAGCUCUGUUCAUUUGUGUUGGUACCAUUUUUCCAUAUUUCCAACCCGCAUUUAAGCAGCAACCAUGACCCAGCUAGAGACAGCCAUGGCCAUCCUGAUGAAGACCUUUGAUACAUAUGCUGCUAGCGAGGGCAGUAAGAGUAGCCUGAGCAAAGGCGAGGUCAAGACCCUGCUGGAGAAGGAGCUGCCUGGACUGCUGAAGUCGGCAAAGAACCCAGCCGAUGUUGACAAGCUGCUCAAAAGUCUGGAUUUCAAUGGAGACUCAGAGGUGGACUUUAGUGAAUUCGUGGUGAUGGUAGCUGCUCUCACAUGCGCCUGCCACGACCGCAGCCCCAAGAAGUGAGCGUGGCGACUGCACCCUGGGGUGGGGCCCGGAAGAUGGCAACAGCCAUUCCCUCUAAUAAUCAAUGACGUGGUUUCUGUUAAGACUGAAUAAACCGAUUCAUUUACUUUUA